UCACGUCGACGCCACCCCGCCAGCUGCAGUCAUGGAGGAAGAGACAGUCUCACUCUUGUGUUGGGCUCAUGUGGUGUUCUCGAGCGUGUGUACCUGUGUUGAUGGUCUCGUUGACCUCUGGGAGUACUGUGAUGGUGUCGCUAAUCUUCUCGUGCGCAAUGGCCACUGCCCGCGGGAAGGCAGCAGGGCCACUGACGCCCUGCUGGGGCGCCUCGCUGGUCCAGAGGUCGAUGUGUGCCGACCCAUCAGACCACUUGGCCAUCCUGAUGUAUGCCGCAAAGUCGUCGCCCUCCUCGGCGCCAUGCAAGAUGACGAGUCGGUAUGAGGGGCCGAUAGUGUUGUAGUGGUAGUCGAUGGUGCGGCAGCCGUCCCACAGGGGCGGCUCCUGGGCCAUCAGGGCACAAAUGUGGUCACACCCAGCAGAGGACGGACUGUAGGACCGAUCCGACACCAAACGCGACGACAGCAAUGCCAACCUGAAAGAGCAGGGAGCGGAAAGGCAGACAACACGACACAUUGCUGUGGUGUGUUCUCUCAUUUCGAUCGCUGGAUACCUCAUGAUGGUCAGUCCUCUGAAGCUGCCAUACUCACCAAAGCCGUCUGCAGACACAAACACACAGCGGUAGACACCAUCCAUGCCAAGUCGGCUCUCCUGUGGUGCUUUGCCCUCCCAUCUCUCACAUUGGCACGGGGGAUCGGCGGCAUCGCUGUGCACCGUCAGCACACUCCCGCCCAGCGUGUCCGUCCCGUCGGCUGUGCGCAUAAGCAGCAUGCUGUAGCGGCCCAGUCGGUGGCUGUAGAGGGCGUAUUGUCUCAUGCUGGGCGGGCGGCUGUCGAUGACGGCCUUGCUGCCCACGUGCUGGAGGUCGUCACCCGUCAGCUCGAUGGGCAGCUGCUGCACUCGUCCACAGCUCUUGGCCAUCCGCAGCACCGGCACGCUGCGCGCCAGUCGCCCCCCGUCACCAUCAGGUAGUGGAGGCGGAUCAGCCGCAUUCGGCGCACCAGACGACGGACGCUGGUCGACUGGCACAGAGGGCUAUAGCCGAUGACGCCAGUGACUCCGUCGCGGCGGAUGAUGCUGUCGAUGUCGGCGACCAGGGCGGCCUCGACUGCGCUGCCGACCGCAUCGGAUGUGCGGCAGAGGGCAGUGGAGUCGUUGGGCGUGAGCCAGGGCAGGAAUAUGUCGCGGAGGACGUCGGUGGGCAGGGACAGACCGGGCAAGAAGGGCGGCACUGCAACACUUGACAACUCGGGCACACCGGAUGUGCUGUCUGCAACAAUAUCCUGCACACAUCACGCCAUAGUUUUGGCCGUCAUGAUGGCUUCACCGUGCAGCGGUCGUACCUUCUUGAGUGUGUCAGUGGUCUCUGUGGUGGUCUUCUUAGCGGCGCGGGGGACGUGUGCGAAGUUCUUGGAGUGGCCCUCCAGCUGAUAGAUACACGCACACAUACACACAGGCAGGAGAAGACACACACACUCAUCCACCAGUCAAAGGAUCGACAGUAGAUGUGUGUGUGCAUACCAGUGCCGCGCCGUUGAGUCGUUUGAGUCCCUUCUGCAGGCUGACCAGCGCACCGGAGAUCUCUGACGCUGCCCCUUCCACCAUCGGCAGGCGCCUCUCACCAACAGACCCCUGCACACAGCCACAGACCACACAAUGUCACACGGAGGGAGGUCAGCUAUGCGCUGACUGACGACCUUCGCAGUGAGGUAAUCGAUAGUGUCAGAGAUGCCCAUCUUCUUGACAAACUGACACACACCACACACACACAUAAGUCAGCCGCCCUCUCCCUCCCUCUGUGCUGUCCUCUCACCUUUGAGUCCAACACGGCUAACUGUGUUUUGACUUUCGACAGCUGCGCCAACACAUCAGAGGACAGCUGCAAGGCAGGCAGGCACACACACAACAUCACUAUGAGCACACCGACACCCCGUGGCGCUCUCUGGUCUGUGUGGCGCUGUGAUGGCUUGAUGGCUUGAUGGCUCACCGGCAGCCUGUCACCCUGUGUCGCGCUGUGAUUGAUGUCAUUGACUCCAACCACACCGGUACCUCCACCACCACCUGGCCAACACAGACCACACCACACACAGGUGAGCCCUCCCCUCCCUCUCCCACUCAGUGAGUCAGCCCACCUGCAGCAGCUGCUCCUGCUGCCGAUGUGCCGGACAU